AUGACGAAUGCCUUCUUGCAUAGUGAGUUGAAGGAGGAAGAGGUGUACAUACAGGCACCUACAGAGGAUGACAAGGAUGAGAUUGAAAAGCUGCGCGCCAAUCUGUUUAAGAAGUUUGAAAUGAAUGACCUUGGAAAUCUGAAAUACUUCCUUGGGAAAGAAGUAAUGCGGACAGAAAAAAAGAUAUUCUUGAGACAGAAAAAUUAUAUUCUUGAUCUGCUAGACAACUGGAAUGUCAACCUCCGCAAACACAUCUAUGAUGGUGAACCUGUUAGGGAGGUAGAGAGUAAUCUGGAAACAUAUGGAUUCACCGAUGCUGGAUAUUUUACCUUCGUCGGGGGAAACUUGGUAAUAUGGUUGCUAACAAAAAUUGAUUUUCCGCCUACUAAGAAGAGCUCAUUGUACUGUGAUAAUAAGGCGGCCAUUAGCAUAUUAGAAAAUCAUGUCCAACAUGACAGAAAGAUCGAAGGAGGGUCCAUCGAGUGGCCAUUUGUUUGUUCAGAGGAUCAAUUGGUUGAUAUCCUAACAAAAGCUGUGAAUGCAAGAUUGUUCAAUGAGGUUUUGUGCAAGUUGAGCAUGCGUGAUGUCAUUACUCAACUUGAGGGGGUUUGUCAGAAUAAGGCAAAUGAAUCAAUCAAGAGGUGA